AUGGCUAAUGAUGAGGAGCUUAUUGAGCUUAAAUUUCGCAUUUAUGAUGGGACAGAUAUAGCACACAAUACUUACACAUCAUCUAUGACUGUUGCGAAUCUUAAGCAAAAGAUUGUUGCUGAGUGGCCUCGAGAGAAAACAGUCACACCAAAGUCAAUAAAUGAUCUGAAACUUAUACAUGCUGGUAAAGUUCUGGAAAACAACAAAACACUCGCUGAUUUCAGGAUAACAUUUGAUGAACUUCCUAUCGGUUUCAUUAUAAUGCAUGUGGUAGUGCAGCUAGCUACAACAAAAAAGAAAACAGAAAAGAGAAAGGAGGAUGUGCAAAAGCUGAAUUCGUGCGGGUGUGUUAUUCUUUAA